UUCCUUUAUCAAUUAGAUGAAGGAAAAACAAAAUAAUGUAAAAGUUGAUUGUAGCAAGAAGCAAAUGAAUGAACAGAGAGAACAAUUAUUCUUCUGUUUCCAUUGCCUUUCAGCUUUCACCAGAAGCUCCUUUUUUUUUACCCCUUUUUUUCUAAGCUGAAUUUAUGGGUUAAAUUGUGACCCCACAUGUUAAUUUUGCAUUCUCUUUUGGUUUGGUUCAAAUGGGUCUCGUUUUUCUGAGAAGCCAGUGAAAAAGCUUUCACCUUUGCCCCUAAAACUUGCUGAAAAGAAGGAGAUUCAUCAGAAUUACUGACAACCAUGGACGAACCAAAUGAGAUGCAGUUGGAAGACAAUAAAACCUCUAUGGAGAAAAAUAUUAAAAGAAAGCUCAAAACACCUGCUCAACUUAUGGCGUUGGAAAAUUUUUAUAAUGAUCACAAAUACCCCACAGAGGAAAUGAAAUUUGAGCUCGCUAAUGAAUUAGUGUUGACGGAAAAGCAAAUCUCGGGAUGGUUUUGCCACAGAAGGUUGAAAGAUAAGAGAUUGAUGAGAGAUGAAGUAUGUGCUAAUAAUGGACGACAAGAUCGUUCAAGUGGUGUUGUUCAGGAUCGUGGCAGUGGACUAGGGCAGGAUUCAUGUGGAAGCACUAAGCACGGUGGUGACUAUAGGUAUUUAGAUCCUAAAGAGGUUGAGAGCAAUGGUGUCUAUAAUCACGAAUUGUCGGUUGCAAAUAUGAACUACGCACAUACAAACCUUUAUACAGAAAAUGAUAGUGAAACGGAUAAUACAUCAUCUGAGAACAGCUCAUCUUUGCAAGAACGGUUGUUUCUUCAAGGACAUGAUCCAUAUGAUACGGAGCCCUCUCGAUACAUAACACAAAAUGGAGCUCUUCCACCAUUAAAUCCCAAGGGAUAUAAACCAUCGGGAUAUUUAAAACUGAAGGGAGAGAUAGAACAUGCUGCUGUAACUGCUGUUAAGAAUCAGUUAGGAAGGAAUUAUCUGGAAGAUGGUCCACUACUUACUGUAGAUUUUGAUACAAUCCCUCCAGAGGCAUUUGAAUGUCAAACUGCAAAUUCAAUUAAAGAAUCAUACCAUGUUGCAAACCCCUCUCUUGCAAAAAGGCAAUCCAAUCUUAACUCUAGAUAUGAUCCAUAUUUUAACAAAUCAAGUUCACAAGAUUUACAAAUGGAAGGAGGUGACUUUGGCCCCUCUCAUGGUUCCGAUUUCCAGGAUAAGCAGGAUAAGAAAUCCCGCCAGCGUAUAAAACAAAGAACAACUUUUCAAGGUCGUGCGGUUCGCACCAAUCCUUUGCCUGGCAAGAGCUUUCCCCCAGAUUUGUACAUAGACUCGACUGUGGAAGCACCUGCUUAUAAUAGCACUAGAAAUCAUAGAAUAGGCGCUAAGCACGGUGUUGAGAGAAUGAAAUCCGAUUCUGCUUCUAAUCCUAAUGAUCUCUAUGAAGAGAAUAAUAACCCUGCGAUUGAGCAGGAAGGUCCACUACUACAUGACUACAAUAACAGCAAUGUGAAGAAUGUACGAACGAGUGAAUAUGUAAAAUCUAAACCUUCAAAUUCAAUACGUAAUUCUCGAAUUUCUAUGGACACUGAAGAAAGAGGGCUUUCUGAAAGAAUGGCUAAGGAAGAAAAGCGUAAUGGCAUUAGAAAGGUUAAAAAACCGUCUCAUGAAUCAGAUGGAGGAAGGAUACCUUCAAAAGAAACCAUGGUUGCAAAGCGAGCUAAAGUCGAUCUACUUCGUCAAUAUGAUAUUAAACAAGAACCUGUUGCUGAGAUUGAACCAAGGAAAACUCAGAGAUCUGCUGUGGAGAUGCCAUCUAGCUUUAGUGAGGAUGAAACUGCUGAAACCAGUUCCUCACUGGAUUGAGUGCUAUUGAGACUGAUGUUAAAAAUGUGAGAGGUUUCUCUAAGCCAUUGGAUGUGUAUAAUAUUAAAAAUACACAUUCAUAUUUUGAAUGCCUAUUCAUACUAUGGAAGCCACUGUUUUGUAGGAAGAUAGUUAACUAUAGUUUCUGUUGUGCUUUACUAUUUUGAAUGCCUUUGCAACUAAAAGUAAACUCCUAUCCCCUCCCUCUUAAAUUUUUGGAGUGUAAAUCUCAUUUUUCCUGAAGCUUCUUGUGGUAGGAGGGUACCAAAUGCAGCAUAUACAUGUCAUCUUAGUUUUGUCCAAUUUGAUUCCUUGCUUGAAAGAGUUAUCCACUUUUGUUU